AUGAGCGAUAUUCGGAAAUUGUGUGAGGUCGUCUGCGCCAACUUGAAAGAGCAAGCAAUUCAAGAAUGGGCUCUUAAGAAAGCGAAUUCAUCGCACAGCAAGCUGCAACGGAAAUGGCAGCAGAACACGAAUGCUUUUCCAAGCAGGAUCGAGUUGUCGUACUACGAGGGUUGUUUUGAUCGAUUGGCAAAUGUGAAGCCGGAUAUUGUGCGUGUCAAGCUGGGUCAAUCUUUGAUGUGCACGAUGGCCGACAACACAUCUGUUUAUGUGAAUUGGACUGUAAAACUAAAUGUGAGGUUGUCAACCAUCGCUGGUAAUGUUCAUGUUGCUGAGCCGGUUGAGUGUCUUAAUAUUUCCGGCGACUCCAGCGAAUUCUUGUUGGGUAACGACUUGUUACUUAAGCUAGGAAUCGACGUUAAAAGGCAGCUCGACCUACUAGCGGUGCCGACGAGACCGAAGGCGAAUCUGAUGUACAGCAUGAAGAAGAAGUUAGAGAUGGCAUACUAG